GGUUUCCACGGAAACAGACCGCCUCAGGCCGUGGCCUCGCUCCAUCUCCGUCUGUCCCUCGCCUCAGCCGCCAUUAAUCGCCUCAGCCGCCUCAGCCUUCGUCGCCAUGACGUUCCGCGACCUCAGGAAUUUCACAGAGAUGAUGCGGACCCUGGGGUACCCCCGUCACAUCUCUAUGGAGAAUUUCCGCACUCCAAACUUCGGACUCGUAUCGGAAAUGCUUCUCUGGCUUGUGAAGAGGUAUGAGCCACAGACUGACAUCCCUUCUGAUAUUGAGACGGAACAAGAUAGAGUUUUCUUCAUUAAGGCGAUUGCACAAUUCAUGGCCACCAAAGCUCACAUAAAACUCAAUACUAAGAAGCUUUAUCAGGCAGAUGGGUAUGCAGUUAAAGAACUGUUGAAAAUUACUUCUGUGCUCUACAAUGCAAUGAAGACCAAAAGGAUGGAAGGUCCUGAAAUAGAAGAGGAAGAUACCAGCAAAUUCAAAUUUGAUCUAGGCUCAAAGAUUGCUGAUUUGAAGGCAGCCAGGCAUCUUGCAUCUGAAAUCACCUCCAAAGGCGCAUCCUUAUAUGACUUACUUGGCAAAGAAGUGGAGCUGAGGGAAUUGAGAAUGGAGGCAAUUGCCAGACCGUUGGAGAUAAAUGAAGCAGAGAAAGUGAUGAAGAUUGCAGUCAAAGAUAUUUUGGCACAAAUCCAAAGGACGAAAGACCUGCUAAACAACGUGGCCUCUGAUGAAGCUAACUUGGAGACCAAGAUCGAAAAGAGAAAAUCCGAACUCGAAAGGAACCAAAAGCGCCUCCAGACGUUACAGAGUGUCAGGCCAGCGUUUAUGGAUGAAUAUGAGAAGAUUGAGGAGGAGCUGCAGAAGCAAUAUGACACUUAUCUGGAAAAAUUUCGGAAUCUGGCCUACCUAGAACAGCAACUUGAGGAUCAUCAUAGAAUGGAGCAGGAGAGGUUUGAGGAAGCUGAAAACACUCUACGCCUGAUGCAGAGCAAGCUUAAGGAAGAAGAAAAGCGACUGCUCAAGAGUGGAAGCAAUGAUGAUUCCGACCUAGAAAUCCAAGAGGAUGAUGAAUCUGACAGUGAAAUCGAAGAUAGAAGGCUGUCAAAGCCUCGGACAGCCCUGGAAGCCUUGAUGGAAGGAAGACCUAACAAACGCGUCGUGGGCACCAUGCAAGGUGGAGAUACAGACGAUGAUCCGGAAGCAGCCCCAGCUCCCUUAAGUAAAUGCAAGACUUCCAGGAGCAAGAAGCAGGAAGGUUCAGAGGAGAGUGAAAUUGAUAUGGAAGAUGACGAAGAUGACGACGAAGACGUAGAAGAUGAGAGCACGGCGCUGUCUCCGACCAAGGCGAGCCAAAGGGCGAGGAAACCUGAGCCUCUGGAGGAGAGUGAUAAUGACUUCUGACUCCCUUCUGGUCCAAGGGUAGUGAAGAUGCCAAAAGAUUUCCUGAUCUAUUUUCAAGAUCUGCAAGAAUUGACCUAGAGCUUUUUGGAAAAAGGUAGAGUGAAUUUGUUUUGCACAAUGGGGUUGGAGAGCUCGACAUAUAUGUAGGAAAAAAUCAUAUUCCUAAAGCAAAAGACUGAAGCAAUCCAUGAGAUUCAAUAUUUAAUUACUUCAUUUAUACAUUAAACUCCACAUUUAAAAAUA